AUGCAUCGUCGGCGACGGAAUGGCUGGUAUCAUUUCAUCUUGUACUCUCCAUCAUUAAUCUUGUGUAUCUUUUCAUCAGGUCUAUUCUCAGCUCUUCUCUUGAAAGAGGCCGGAAUCAAACCAGAUCGUGUUGGUCGUCCAGAACUUCUGGACGAUCUAGAGGUUGGAACCGGGUCUGGUUUUUUUCAGAUUCGAACACCGGGUUUAAUAAAACCGGUUUAUUGCGAAAAUUCGAAUUUAAUGAAACCGGAAGUUCGUUGA